GGCUUUCAUCGUAAACAUCCGGCCGCAAAUCUCGCUCAAGAGCGAGAGCUCUCGUAAUCCCGUUCCUCUUUCUUCUCGCCUCCAAGAUGCCGACCAAGAAGACGAAGACCAGGAAACUCCGUGGGCACGUCAGCCACGGACAUGGUCGCAUCGGUAAACACAGGAAGCAUCCUGGAGGUCGUGGUAAUGCUGGUGGUAUGCAUCAUCACAGAAUCAACUUCGACAAAUACCAUCCUGGGUACUUCGGUAAGCUGGGUAUGAGACAUUACCAUCUCAAGAGGAACACCACCCAUUGCCCCACCAUCAACCUGGACAAGCUGUGGACUCUGGUGAGCGAGCAGACCAGGCUGAACUACGGCAAGAAGCCAGAGGGACCUGCCCCCAUCAUCGAUGCUGUGCGCGCUGGCUACUACAAAGUGCUGGGCAAAGGCAAGCUGCCCAAGCAGCCGGUGAUCGUGAAGGCCAAGUUCUUCAGCCGCCUGGCGGAAGAGAAGAUCAAGGCCGUGGGAGGAGCCUGCGUGCUGACCGCAUAGAGAACCUCUGUUUCUGUUUUUGCAAAAAAUAAAUGUACAAAGGGGACCCGG